AAUAAGGAAACCACGGAAAGCUUAUUUCUCGUAUUUUUCAAGCUUUAUCAGUUGCAGAAACGUUAUUUCCGAGUUUUUUAUUUAUAAUUCCCACGUGAAACAACGAGACAAGGUGAGGCUCUUAUUCAGAAUGCAAACAAAAAUAUUUGAGGUUUCAAUUUUCAGCGAUACAGAAAGUCAUUAAGGUUUUGUAGAGAUCAAAAUGUCCGGCAAAAAAUCAAGGACAAAAAUUUCGAACCCUAACUGAUUCCAUGCAAACUAUACCCAGAAUCGGUCUAUUUUCACAGAGUUCUACAAAAACAUAGCAUAGAAUCACAACUUUGUUAAGUUGUCUGUGAUAGAUAAAUAGGUAUCCGAAGAAACGGCUCCAAGAACUUAACUUUUUUAUCAGUGAGGGUGCAAAGCUAUUUUAAUGGCAGAGUUAAAGGUAUCGGAAAGCAGGGACUUGACACGCAUUGAGCGCAUAGGUGCGCAUUCGCACAUAAGAGGACUGGGCUUGGAUGACACUCUCGAAGCCCGCAGCGUUUCGCAGGGCAUGGUAGGUCAGAAAUCCGCUAGAAAAGCCGCAGGGGUCAUUCUGGAGAUGAUCAAGGAAGGGAAAAUUGCAGGCCGCGCGGUUCUGCUGGCCGGCCAGCCUGGCACCGGGAAAACUGCUAUCGCUAUGGGCAUGGCUAAAGCCCUAGGCGAAGAAACUCCCUUCGCAAUGAUGUCCGGUAGUGAGGUAUUUUCGCUAGAGAUGAACAAGACCGAGGCCUUGACGCAGGCUUUCAGGAAGGCAAUAGGUGUCAGAAUUAAGGAAGAAACAGAGAUUAUUGAAGGAGAAGUUGUUGAGAUUCAGAUAGAUCGGCCAGCUGCUGCAGGUGCUGCUUCAAAGACUGGGAAAUUAACACUGAAAACGACGGAGAUGGAGACUGUGUAUGAAUUGGGAAGCAAGAUGAUUGAGGGUUUGAACAAGGAGAAAGUCCAGAGUGGGGAUGUUGUAGCAAUUGAUAAGGCUUCUGGGAAGAUCACUAAGCUGGGGCGGUCUUUUGCCAGGUCUAGGGAUUAUGAUGCCAUGGGUCCGCAGACCAAGUUUGUACAGUGUCCUGAUGGGGAGCUGCAGAAGCGCAAGGAGGUCGUACAUUCUGUUACACUGCAUGAAAUUGAUGUCAUCAAUAGCAGGACACAAGGGUUUCUAGCCCUCUUUACAGGGGAUACAGGAGAAAUCCGUGCUGAAGUUAGAGAACAGAUUGAUGGCAAAGUAGCUGAAUGGAGGGAAGAAGGCAAAGCUGAAAUUGUACCCGGUGUUCUUUUUAUUGAUGAAGUUCAUAUGCUUGACAUUGAAUGUUUCUCAUUUUUGAAUCGUGCUUUGGAGAAUGAGAUGGCACCAAUAUUGGUUGUUGCAACAAAUCGGGGUAUCACAAAAAUUCGUGGGACAAAUUACAAGUCCCCACAUGGUAUCCCCAUUGAUCUAUUGGAUCGCUUGCUGAUCAUUUCAACACAACCAUAUGAAGAAGAUGAGCUGCGGAAAAUUAUUGAUAUAAGGUGUGAAGAGGAAGAUGUUGAGAUGACAGAUGAUGCCAAGGAACUUCUAACAAAGAUAGCAGUUGAGACAUCUCUGCGUUAUGGUAUUCAUUUAAUUACAGCAGCUUCUCUAGCUUGCCUUAAGCGGAAAGGAAAAUAUGUUGAGCUUGAUGAUGUCAGCCGGGUGUACUCUUUAUUUAUGGAUGUUAAGAGGUCAACACAAUUUCUCAUGGAAUAUCAGGAGCAAUUUAUGUUUAAUGAGGUUCCCGGUGAGGUUUAUGAAGAGGAUCCAAUGGCUGAAUAAUUGUUUUCCUGUGCCAUCAACAUUUUGAAGAAAGUGCACGAUUUUGUAGUAAUGAGGAUGAGAAGCAGAAGAGUUUGUAAAGCAGGCCACAUUGUUAACAAAUGCAUAGGUUUUUUUUAAUCAUUGCAUAUAUUUGUUACAUAUUAUUGGCUUGUUUUGUAAUAAUAGUUUUUGAGAUCUGAUAGACCUCAGCACCAUGCAAGUGACUGAAAUACAUUGAAUUGAAUGUUUGAAUGAAAACUGUGUUGAUAUGAAUGCUUUUUAUGUACAGAGAAAUCCAUGGUAAAGAAAUAUUGAACGUGAA